AUGAACUCCAAGCUUCUCAUCCUAGCCCUAGCCUCGCUAGCAGCUACCAGUCCCAUCCUCUCUCGCCAGUCCGACGCCGGCGACGACCUUCGUACGGGCGACUGCCAACCCACGACAUUCAUCUUUGCUCGCGCCUCUACCGAGCAAGGCCUCCUGGGCGGGUCAACCGGCCCCGGCGUCUGCAGUGGGCUCAAGUCUGCGCGUGACGACGCAGUCGCAUGUCAGGGCGUCGGACCCAAAUACCGCGCCACGAUCGGGGACAAUGCGCUGCCAGCAGGGACAUCGGACGAGGCGAUCGAGGAGGCAAAGGGACUGUUUGAGCUUGCGGCGAGCAAGUGUCCUGAGACGAGGAUAGUGGCUGGGGGGUAUAGCCAAGGAACAGCUGUCAUGCACGGCGCGAUCCCCAAAUUGUCAGACGAGGUCAAGAGCCAGAUUGAUGGCGUUGUGCUGUUUGGCGACACGCGGAAUAAGCAGGACGAUGGGCGUAUCCCUGACUUUUCUCCCGAAAAGGUCAAGAUCUAUUGUGCGGAGGGCGACCUGGUCUGCGAUGGGAUGCUCAUUGUGGCUCCGCCGCAUUUUACUUAUAUGGCUGAUGUGGAUGAUGCGGUGAAGUUUUUGGGAGAGAAGUUGGAGUAA